CAAGCAGCCGCAUAUCGCGUCUCUAUAAAUACUCGCACUCGAAUCUCGAUACCUAUCGCGUAAUUAACUAGAUAAUGCGUCGCCCGCGUCUUGAGCACCGCCGACAUCAGUCCGCGAACAUUUUUCCUAAGGAGGCUCGGGGCGGCGGCGGCGGCAUUCCUGCGAGCGGCAGCAUGCGUGCGUGGAGCGUGACGCUGGUAGCGCUGCUGGGGGCGCUGGGCGCGGCGCGCGCCGUCGCCAUGGACGAGGACAUGGCCGAGCUGGCGCGCAUGGUGCGCGAGAACUGCGCCGCGGAGACGGGCGCCGACGUGGCGCUGGUGGAGCGCGUCAACGCGGGCGCCGACCUCAUGCCGGACGACAAGCUCAAGUGCUACAUCAAGUGCACCAUGGAGACGGCCGGCAUGAUGGCGGACGGCGAGGUGGACAUCGAGGCGGUGCUGGCGCUGCUGCCGCCCGAGCUGGCGGAGCACAACGCGCCCUCGCUGCGCGCCUGCGGCACGGUGCGCGGCGCCGACCACUGCGACACCGCCUUCCGCACGCAGCAGUGCUGGCAGAACGCGAACAAGGCCGACUACUUCCUCAUAUAGUGCACUGCACAAUAAACACUUACACAUGC